AGUGGCGAGCGAACAGGAAGGAAGCUAACCGCUUUAGCAAGUUUCUGCUUUUAGAGUUUUCGUCAUGGCGCCUUUAGACCUUGAUAAAUACGUAGAAAUAGCGAGACAGUGCAAAUAUCUGCCUGAAAACGAUUUGAAGCCCGCGUCUGUGUGAUCAGCACAUUGCUGUAAGCUGCUGGGGUUGCCGCUGAAACGAUGUUAAUCCGCGACUGUGAGCUGGAGCUGCGAGCAUGCGCAAGAUUGUGUGAUUAUGUUUGUGACUUGCUGCUUGAAGAAUCAAACGUUCAGCCAGUCGCUACUCCAGUCACUGUUUGUGGAGAUAUUCAUGGUCAGUUUUAUGAUCUUUGCGAGCUCUUCAGAACUGGAGGCCAAGUCCCAGACACAAAUUACAUUUUCAUGGGAGAUUUUGUAGACAGAGGUUAUUAUAGCUUGGAGACGUUUACACACCUACUGUCCUUAAAAGCAAAGUGGCCAGAUCGUAUCACACUCCUCCGAGGGAACCAUGAGAGCAGACAGAUAACACAGGUGUACGGCUUUUAUGAUGAGUGUCAAACAAAGUAUGGAAAUGCGAAUGCUUGGCGGUACUGCACAAAAGUGUUCGACAUGCUGACUGUGGCAGCUUUAAUAGAUGAGCAGAUCCUGUGUGUCCAUGGUGGGCUUUCACCGGACAUCAAGACUUUGGACCAGAUCCGAACCAUCGAACGCAACCAGGAGAUUCCCCACAAGGGGGCCUUUUGCGAUCUUGUGUGGUCAGAUCCCGAGGAUGUGGACACCUGGGCUAUCAGUCCACGAGGUGCCGGCUGGCUGUUUGGCUCCAAGGUUACUAAUGAGUUUGUUCAUAUCAACAAGUUGAAGCUCAUCUGCCGCGCGCACCAGCUGGUUCACGAAGGCUACAAGUUCAUGUUUGACGAGACGCUGGUGACUGUGUGGUCAGCGCCCAACUACUGCUACCGCUGCGGCAACAUUGCCUCCAUCAUGGUCUUCAAGGACCUCAACAGACGAGAGCCCAAGCUGUUUCGAGCCGUUCCUGACUCUGAGCGCGUCAUACCUCCCCGAACAACCACCCCCUACUUCCUCUAAUGACAAAGUUUCCUCUCAGCUCGACCCUCUGGAGUUCUCAUCUCUCAGACUUUAUUAUUAUUAUCAACCAAAAAACUAAAUCCAGGAAACCUUGCACGACUUCCUGGAUUUAGUUUUUUGCACUUCUCUCUGCUGUUGGGUCAGCCAUCAGAUCCAUGCAGUGCUUUUUUCCCCUGAGAGUUGAGUUUCUUUAAGGCUGCGAUCUGUUUGCACCACACUGUAAUAAAAGUAGGAAAAAAAUGUUUUUUUUAAAUGCCUUCAUAUUUUAAAUAAGUUUCAUUUUCAUCAUCCAUCAAAGCAAAUAAAAUAUUUAGAGUAGUUCUUGCCAACAGUACAUGCAUAUAAGUAAAGUGAUGAUUACAGUUCCCUCAGAUUCACUGUGUGAACAGCUCCUGAGCCUCACAGCUGUCUGCCUGAACUGUCUCAGUUUAGUUUCCUCUUUUUAUUUAUUCACUUCUACAAAUACUGUGUUACCUCACAUGGCCUUUUUUUUUUUUUUUAAUAACAUCCACGAGUGUCUGUCUUAACCCUGUAUUUAAUUCUUUUUAACAUUUCUCGUGCCCGUGUGGCAUUUUAUAGGCAAAUGGCAGUAGCUGUAUUUCUAGGAGAGCACAUUGUUUCAUUAAACAUUGUUUCUCUGUUUUGUAAUUUUAAUAAAACUUUCCUCUUUAAGA